AUGAACCUUCAAGAAUUACCUUCUGCUGCGAAGGAUAUUCGCAAUGAGAUCAAGGCAAUGAUCCCGGAGUCUUCGUCCAGCAAAUCCUCUAAUUUUCAAGAAGAAGUCACCCAGGAUGAGGCAGGGAAUAAAACAUACAAAGGGGUUGUCUUUGAUGAGAAGAUGGCUCGACUACAAGAACAAAUGGGGAUUAACAAGAAAUGUGAAAGACACCUGGUCUACUUUUCGAAAGCAACCAGGCUGGACACGAGCGAGACAGAGGGAUAUCUUAUACCCUUGUCUGACAAUGUCAAGAUAGCACCCUUGUCUGACAAUGCCAAGACAGGACCCGGCGGGGAGUUGCAGGGAGGUCCUUAUAUUAAUGUGAGGGGAGGCUAUUAUAUCCAUGUCUCUAAUAAGGCGAUUUUAAGCUCAGGGGCAGCGAUACUUCUUGUAGUCUCAGAAGGCUAG